AUGGGUGUUGGAAUGGGUGUUGCAAUGAUGAUGCAACAAGCUGGAGCGCUGGUUGGAGCUGCGCCUCCACCGCCAGAUGCAGCUGAAAUUCAGUCUCAAAUACGCAAAGCAAAGGCCGAAGGACGUACUGUUACUAUGGUCAACGGCGCACUAUACUUUGAUUACCAAUUGGUUGCUCGCAUUCCUCCACAUUAUGAUAUUCGACUGUAA